AUUCCACCUGGAGCUGUUUCACUUGACAACAUCCAUGAGUGCACACUUCUGACUGCAAUUGCCAGUCCACCAUAGAUAUCGUCGCUCAGUAAAUCUGGUUACUGUAAUUUUCGAGAUUCUAUCUAGGUCAAUUAGUCGUCACCUCUUCCGCAUCGAACUUACAACUCUUCCGUCACUAAUGUGCUUAUGCGGCACAAUUGAACACUGUCAGCUUCGAUCGCUUGAUCGACUGGUUGAGUCGUAUAUUUGUGGCACUAGACGAUAGAAAGAAAGGAAUCUUCUCCACGUUAAUGCGUGACCUCCUCUGAUUUGCACAAUGGAAGCUUUAGAGGCCCAGAUCGCUGAUUUGCAGGAAAAGAUCACACAAGCUCCAACACAAAGCCAAGCUCUUAAGCUUGCGCUUAGAUCUGCUGACCUUUGUAUCGAAGCCAUCAAAGUCGCGAAAACAGAGCCGAAAAGAGAAGAGCUGCGCGGCAAAGCGAACUCGUUGAUAGGUCAAGCUGAGUCCAUCAAACACGAAAAGGCCUGGAGACCUUCACCGACUGUCGCGGAAAUCACCAGUGCGAUCAAGAGUACGACUCUCACGCACGUGGAACCAAAGCCAUCAGCUUCCACGGAAGUACCUGUAGCUAAGAUUCGAAAGUUAGAAGGUCCCAAAACUACUCGUGAGCUAUCCGCGGGCGAGAAGCUCAUUCUGUGGAAAGCGUCGAAGUUGAAUGACUCGAACUUUCCUCCCUGGACCGAUCCACCUGAUGAUGCUGAAUUCCAAACCCCUUUCGUAGAUCGUGAAUUGAAGCUCUCUGAACAACAGAGGGAGCUUUUCGAAGGCUGGAAGCGGGUCAAAGAUGCAUUACCUCCCCCAGCAUGGCGACUGGCGAAUGACAUACCGACAGCGUCGGCGUAUGAGCUCACCUCAAGUGUAGAUCUCGUACAGGAUGCUGCUUCAGACUGUUCAGUCGUUGCAAGUCUCUGCAGUGCAGCAGCUCGGGCACAGCGCAAUUUUCCUUGGAUCAUCUCAGACUCUAUUUGGCCACGCUCGCUAGAUCGAUCACAUCCUAUUGCAUCUCCAAAUGGAAAAUACAUUUUAAAGCUCAACUUCAAUGGGUGCUGGAGAAAAGUCGUCAUCGACGAUCGUCUUCCGGUAUCGAAGAAUACCCGUCUUCUACAUGUAGUCGAUCGUAAACACCCAGCGCUAAUAUGGCCAGCGCUAGUAGAAAAAGCAUAUCUGAAAGUCCGCGGUGGUUAUGAUUUCCCUGGUAGUAGCUCAUGUAGCGACCUCUGGGCUUUCACAGGAUGGAUACCUGAACAGAUCUUUCUACAGGCCGAUGAUAUCCUCCCUGACGCCCUGUGGAACCGGAUCAUUCGCGCGUUUCGCUUCGGUGACGUGUUUGUGACUGUUGGAACUGGACAUUUGGCUCGUAAAGAGGAAAACAACUAUGGUCUAGUCAGCCGUCACAAUUACGCUGUCAUUGACAUGAAAGGAUCCGCUGGCGAUCGCAUGCUCCUACUCAAAAACCCAUGGUUAACAGGUACGCAAUGGAACAGUAACCUCCAGAAGGCAUCUACGACCGACUCAGCACUUCCUGCUGGUUCAGACUGGUUUACCUUUGAGCAGGUCAUGUCAAGAUUUGAAAGCAUCUUCUUAAAUUGGAACCCAGGUCUCUUCUCCUUCCGACAAGAUCUCCAUUUUCAGUGGAACAUAAAGGUUAAGAGUCCUGCUUCACUCGGAGGUAAUCCGCAAUUCUCUCUCGUUACGAAAGCGGAUGGCUUUGUGUUCCUCCUGCUGAACCGUCAUUUUCAGAAUGAGAGACUGGGGAGCGAGGGAAGCUCUGCCGUCGGAGAACUUCCAACAGGCUAUAUUAGUCUGACCGCUUAUGACAGCAGAGGAGAGCGGGUCCAUCUUGACGAAGGUUGUAUUGAGAGAUCACCUUUUGUCAGCACGCCACAGGCACUCCUUCGCUUGGAUAUGAAAGCACAUAUGGCCAACACUAUCGUUGUUGCACAACAAGAGCUACCUCCUAUCACAUUCGGUUUCAGUCUCUCCGCAUUCUCGAACGUUGAUGUGGAGCUGUCACACGUGAAUGAAGAACAGAUCUGCAAGGUCGACAUCACAGGGGUAUGGAAAAGUGGAAGCUCUGGUGGUAGCCAGUCUUCUUCGAGGUAUUAUGAGAAUCCGCAGUUCGCUCUGACAGUACCAGCUCGAACGUCACUCUCUAUGAUUCUAGAAUCGCCUGCAGAUGAUAUCCCAAUACAUGUCGCCAUCGUUCAUGGACGAGGUGAGAGGGUCUUCAAACUUCGCAGUCAGGAUAUCAUCGUGCAAGCUGAGACGUAUCGCCCGGGCGUCGUCCUCGCCAAUGUCUCCGAUCUCGACAGUGGCACUUAUACAGUCAUCUGCUCCACGUUCGAAGCUGGCCAGCACGCCGAGUUUACACUGACGGCCAACGCAACGUGUCGGUGCCUGCUUAGAAAGAUACCCACAGAAGGAGCUGGAAAAUUCGCUUACAAAUUAAACCAGCUUUGCUUCGGCACAGAGAACAGCAAGAUGGCAGCAAACCUUAUUCCAAAGAGACAAGUUAAAUUCAACAUUGUCGCAAGCUUCAUCAAAGUUCGCGUUCGGCCUGGCAUGGACAGCACGGACUGUGGUCGCAGUCCUCUCAGAAUCACCAUCGAUGUUGGUCGAGGUCCUGAUAAGAAGACGAUACUUGCCAGCAACGAAGGUGCUUUUAGUGAUGCACAGGUCGUACGGACCGACACGGUUGAUCUCUACCCUCGACUCCUGGCACACGGCGACUUAUGGCUGGUCAUGGAGAGGCUCGCCGGACCAGAUCCUGGAUUCGAAGAGCUUUAUGAAGUACAGCUAUUUAUGGACGUUCCCAAUGGCGUCCAGCUUGGCAACUGGCGUGGAUGGGAUGACUGA